GGCUUGGCAGCAGCGCAUCGGAAACGAUGUUCACCAACCCGUUCUGCUUUGUUGUCCAGGUCUUAGCCGGCCUGAUACAAGUGCAACCACCAGUUUUCUGCGCCUUGCCUGGACUGCCUGUCGUUCUCGCUGAUGGUGUCAGCAACGAGCUACAAACACGUGGCGACUGGAUGAAAGCCAGCAAAGUCAUCCUGCCGACUAUCAGGAUUUCUGCGCAUGUCCCGACAUCUGGGACGGCAGAACACGUGGUCCAUCAAGCCUUUAUAAGGAGCAACUCAUCGCCGAUCACUUUCAGUGGGUUUGGCAGCAGCGCAUCGGAAACGAUGUUCACCAACCCGUUCUGCUUUGUUGUCCAGGUCUUAGCCGGCCUGAUACAAGUGCAACCACCAGUUUUCUGCGCCUUGCCUGGACUGCCUGUCGUUCUCGCUGAUGAUGUCAGCAACGAGCUACAAACACGUGGCGACUGGAUGAAAGCCAGCAAAGUCAUCCUGCCGACUAUCAGGAUUUCUGCGCAUGUCCCGACAUCUGGGACGGCAGAACACGUGGUCCAUCAAGCCUUUAUAAGGAGCAACUCAUCGCCGAUCACUUUCAGUGGGCUUGGCAGCAGCGCAUCGGAAACGAUGUUCACCAACCCGUUCUGCUUUGUUGUCCAGAAGUGAACAGCUACAAGUACCUAGGGCUUCGGAUCUGUAAAAACCUCUCCUGGACCGAACAUGUGGAUAACGUCACCGCUAACGCCCUCCGCAAACUCUUUUUCCUUCGACGUGCUUUGAAGCUCACGCCCCCCAGUGUACGUUUUCUCGCAUAUAAUACCAUUAUUCGUCCCAUGUUAGAAUAUGCCAUCAUAAUCUGGGAUCCCUUCACUAAAACUAACACUGCUAAAUUGGAGAGAGUUCAAAAGAAAGCAGUACGGUUUAUUUAUAAUUCAUUUGGCCGUUCAUCUAUCACUCAUCUACUUAAUCAAAGUGGUUUGCUUCCAGUCUCUCAUAGAAACCGUAUCUGCCGUUUAAAAUUCUUUUUUCAAUUACUCCAAGGUAAAUACAAUCUUAACACAUCCAACAUUAUAUCGUACUCCUCUGGACAUAACACAAGACAACGGCACGAUUUUACAGUGACACCAUUAAAUGCUAGAAUUAACUCCUAUAAGUAUUCUUAUUUCCCCAGAACGAUUACAGAUUGGAAUAAUCUUAAUAAUGAUGCAGUAUCACAAACAUCACUGCAAAUGUUUGAAAGCUAUCUGUAAUUUCUUAACAUCGUUUAUACUACAUUAUAUCAUUGUGUUGCAAUUGUGUCUUAUGUUGUUGCAUUUCUUUUCCUGGAUCUUGACUUAUGAUUUAUUUGUGAAUGGAUUAAUGAUUACUUUUGGAAUUACGUUGGAUGUUUCCAACGGACCUUUACUUGUAUAUUGUAUGCCCACCCUGCUAAGGUCUUGUAUAAGAUCGCAGUAUCAAUAAAU